CAGCCCGUGGGGUUUAUUGUACAAAAAGUUGUGAACUUUUCUGGUUUCUCUCUAGAGAAGAAGACAGAGGCAAGCAGUGGGGUUUAACAUGAGAAGCAGAGGAGGAGGGUUUUUGAAACAAAUUGGAACUCUUUACGCAUCCUAUACAACUUAUCAAAUUCAAAAUGGGUUUCUUCAUUCGACUAUGGCGAAAACCCCUUUCUCCUUCAUCCGCCCAUACUCCACUGAAUUACAACCUCAACUUUCCACUGAUCUUAUUGGGAUUAUGGAACAAAGGCUGUCAGCUAUUGAACACAGGAGUGCUUAUCUUCAAGAUUUUAUAAACCGGCCAGAAGCCUCACCAGUGGAGUAUGCUAGGGCUAAUAAGGAGCUUCGGAAACUCAGAAGUUCAAUCGAACAUAUAACUGAGUUGAGGAAUAAACAGAAGGAGAUUGAUGGUUUGAAGUCACUCAUGGCUGAAUGUUCAGAAGAUAAAGACAUGCUUAACAUGGCAGCUGAGGAACUGGGUCAGGCAGCAGAGGAAGAGAAAAGGCUGCAGAAUCUGCUGCUAAAAUCAUUACUUCCCAAGGAUGAAGCUGAUGAAAGGGACUGCAUUUUGGAGGUGAGAGCAGGGACCGGAGGAGAGGAGGCUUCUUUGUUUGCAAUGGACAUAUUUAAAAUGUAUGAGAAAUACUCACAGAAGAACGGUUGGAAGUUUGAAGUGGUAGAUAUAACUGAAUCUGAUCUUAAAGGAUAUAAGGAAGCUAGUGGAGCAAUCUCAGGAUCUGGUGUAUAUGGGAAGCUUAAAUUUGAGAGUGGAAUUCAUCGAGUUCAGCGAGUUCCAGUUACAGAGAAGUCAGGGCGUGUUCACACCAGUGCUGUUUCAGUUGCUAUUCUCCCUCAGGCUGAUGAGGUAGAUGUCCAGUUGAGGAAUGAAGAUUUGAGAAUUGAUACCUACAGAUCUGGUGGUUCAGGUGGUCAGCAUGCAAAUACUACAAACAGUGCUGUUAGGAUAACUCAUAUUCCAUCUGGGAUGACAGUCGCCAUACAAGAUGAACGAUCCCAGCAUAUGAACAAGGCCAAAGCACUGAAGGUACUAUGUGCAAAGCUAUAUGAAAUAGAAAGGUCUAGAAUUCAGAAGGAUCGUUCAAAACUUCGUAUGGAGCAGAUUGGUAGUGGGGACAGAUCUGAGCGCAUCCGAACCUAUAACUUUCCCCAAGGGCGUGUCACUGAUCACCGUGUUGGCAUCACUCAUCAUUCAGUAAAUGAUGUGAUGCAGGGAGAGAAUCUGGAUGUUUUCAUAGAUGCUCUUCUUUUGCAGCAAGAGAUGGACGCAAUCGCAUCCUUUCUCCUAUGGUGUUUCAAUUGCAAGCAGAACAUUUGAGUCUCAGUCUCCCAUAUUUUUUAGGCUUGGAAUUAUUGUAUUUUGUCCUAGCUUGUGGAAUCUGCCUACUAACUUUAACCGGUAAUUGAUGUGGGCACGGGUCCCAUUUAGAGCACUUUGCUGCAUAAUCAAUUGGGGCCCUUGUAUUGGUAAGAAAUAAAGCUAAUCCAAUUUAGAUUCCUACCCAA